CUACAUCAACGAUAUAGAAGGAAUCGAGAAAAAUAUCGGGUAUAACGGAUAUCUAAUUUUUUGUUUGUCGCAAAAAUUAAGCGAAGCGCCCUGAACCCGAUCGUGAAUAAUUAAAAAGUUCUCAUCCACUGAUCUUAGACUGACAGUAACUACUCAUACUAAACACCGAGAAGCAUAGAAAUACUCCUCUUAUCUUGAUCCGAGUGUGUUUAAUUUAUUUUUAUUUAUCCUGUAAGAAAGUGAUGGACGAAUUUAGCGCAGUAGUAGCUCGAGACGUUAUUAAUUAGUUGAUAUUUGAUGCAUUUUUUGCACUUUAGGAAAUAUACAAACGACUCAAUUCCUUUUGCAACUGAUAUCAUGCCCGUUAUAUUUUGAAAUCAUUACCAACAUCUCAUGUAUAUAGAACCUGGGAGAUAUGUCGAUUUUAUAUUUAAAAAAAUAUUUUGAGUUUUUACAACGCGCCCAAUAUUCCGUUAUGCUAAUUCUUUUCGUACGGAUGAAUUUUUACCAUCUAUAUUUAAUAAAAGGAUUUUUCACAUAUAUGAUAAAAAAACUCGCGAGAUUUCUUCUCCCAUUAUAUUGCGACAAUAACGAUUUUAAUUAAUAUUUCAUGUGCCGGUUCUAUUUAGAACCUUUCCUAUUAAUCUUAAAUUCUGAUUCUGUUCAGUUCCUAUCGCGCACAUUAUACUAUGUUUACACGCAAUUAACGGAUAAGAUCUCUGAUAUUAUAUUGUAUGCUAAUAUAUUAUACAAACUAUUUAUGUUCCGUUAUGCUAUAUUCAGUCCAUUUAUUAUUUUUCAUUUUUUGCAAAAUAAAUUACUCAAUUACAUAAACUGCUCAAUAUUAGAUUGCUCAAGUUCUGUAACAAUCUAACAGUAAGAUAGUACCAUCUAAUGACAUAAAAUGAAUAAUUAUGGAUCAUACAUUAAUAUUGCAUUGCAUAAAAAUAUAGGCAAUCGCAAAAUCCUUUUGUUUCGAAUUAUUUAAUGAAAUAUUUCGUGCUAUUUUACAUAUUUCGUACAAUUUUAUUUUUGUACAGCAAUAAACUUUCAAUAAAUUUAGACCACGUUGGUAAAGUAAAAAGAUGCAUUCGAAGCUGAUUCCAACUUUAACAAACUUGGGCUGUACCGCGCGUGUCAAGUUAUUCAAAAUAAAAUGCACUUGCUCUUCGAUUGCUGUUUAGAUUUUUCAGAGAAUAAUCUUCAUUUCACAAUUUAUCUCAUUUCUGUAGUCGAGCAAGAUAUCUUUAUUUAUGAAAUUAGUACAUAUAUUGCUCUUAUUUUGUAAUUAAUUACGAUUUUAUAAAUUGAAAUUUAUUCUAAAUUAUUUGCAAAAUUAUUACCGUAUUUUUUUCUGUAUAUAUCCUCAGAUUGCGUUAAGAUGUGCUUUUUUUUUAAUUAUAUGGAAACAUGGAAUAUAUAUGAAAAAAUAUAACAUAUUCAAAGUUUUAUCUAUAUUUAUACUUUUUGUAAUGUAUAUUAAGAAAAUAUUCACAAGAGAGCGAACUUGUUUAAUGUGUCAAUAUUACAUAAGAUUGGAUGCUCAUACGAAAGAUUGUUACCACAUGAUAUGAUCGUCAGAAAAUUCUUGAUAUAUAAAAAACAUAAUGUACAGUUUAUAUAUACACUAGAUGUUUAGAAUAAUUACCAUUGCGUGUAACAUUUCUAUCAAUUUUUUUUGCGCGGAUUUUUGAGUUUAAUCAUUGAAAUGUAUUAUUUUACAUCUUGACAGUUUAUAAUUAUCACAGUGAUCAAUUGUUUGCAAAGAUUUAAAAAAACGAGAUAUCUUUUAUACGCGUUGCCACAAAAUUUUUUUCUUUUUUCAUUAGAAUUACGCACACUUUAGCAUAGAUGUAAUAGUGUUCAAUCAUUCCUACCAAACAUCGAUACAGUUUUCUUUUUUUUUUUUUUAAGACUGUUAUACGCGGCAACUGAUAUUUGCUGUUAAUUGUAAAAUACGUUUUCCGUGCCUAUCCGCGUAGCUGACAUUCGUAGAAUAUUUAAUUAUCUAAAUAAAUACAUAUAUUUUAUCGCUUCGCGCAUAAUACACACGCUAUAUUAUAGAGAUUUAUUUUCAACAAUUAGUCUACACAAUAGAACGACAAGUUGAAGGCUAUUUUGUUCAUUCGAAUGAUAAUAUAAUAAACGAUUAUUGCUGCCUUACGUCAGAUCGCUAUAAAAUGUACUACUUGGCGUUGACUCAACGAAAGCUCAAACGAUUAAUUUGCGAAAAUAUAGUGAAAAGUGAAGUUUCAUCUUGUUAAUUUACGAUCAGCUGUGAUACAGAUGUGCAAAGAGGAUAAAUUGGAAACCUUUCAUUUCCGCUAGACUUCUCGCGCGCAUCGAUUCAACCUCUCGAUAUUUGUAAAUAAUAGCGCUUCGCUUAAUUUUUUAGCAAACAUGCGCAAAUUUUACUCGACAUAUAUAUAUAUAUAUUUUUUUAUUUUUUUAUUUUGGGGCUAUGAGACGUGUGUGUGCGUGGAUGAAUGUGAGAAAGUUUGAUGAACAUAAGUGUGUUUAUAGUAUAUUAAAAAUAAGACGCAUCGAUGCAUAUUACUCAAGAUAAAAGGCAUAUGCAUUUGUACAGAGCAGAGCUUUUCAACAAAGAUCGCGAAUGUGUAAAAUACUUGUCGUCUCGUCGUCUUUACCACAAGAUUAAUGCCGAAGAAUAUCUUAUCGUUGAUAUAUAUCGAGCUCUGUAGAGCGCCGAAUGUGUAUGCCGGUCCCUUUUGUCAAUGAUCAUAGUCAUUAGAUACGGAUUUAUCAGUUUCCGAUGCAGCGCGUUAAUUAAUCGCCCUACAAAAGGGCGAAGGAGGAUACUAGAUCAAAGAGAGAUUAGCCUAAUAUCCUCUCGCAUAAUUGUGCGAUGAAUACACAACCGUAACGAUGUGCGAACCGUUCGGCGCCACGACGAAGCGAUGUUACGAUCCAGUUUUGAAAUGAUACAAAUUUUAUAACACGCACGCGAGAAAAAGAAUUAAUUAAUAUAUUUACAAUUAAUAUUAUUUAAUGUAAAGCCAGACAUCGAGAGAUUAGAGAUCGAUUUUAACAGGAUGAUUUUUGAAACGCCCAGACUCGCGCAUUUCAUCGUUUCCAAGUUUUUGCGCAAAACGACUCGUACAUCUCCGCGAUUAUUUGAGAAAUGCAUUUAAAUAUUACGCGCACCACAAGACGAGAGGCAAACUAUUUUCUUAGAGAUUCUUUCGAGUGAUGAGCACAAAUGUCAGUAUAUUUUUCCCUCUUGAGUUUACAAAACAAACUGCCACUGCCGUGACGAAAGAGAAUCCUCCGAGAAGAGGUAGAAGAGAAAAUAAAAACAAAAAAAAAGAUACGCUAUGAAUAAAACAUAAACACUCCCUUCCCCCGCUUCGAGACAUCAAUAUCACGGAAUUGAAUCCUCGUCUCGCGAGAUAGGUGUCAUCUUUCGUUAUUCUCGCUUCUACGCGACGCGGCGCGUAUCGCGUAGUCGCUUGUGUACUUGUAUAAGUUUGCGCGUCGCCGUCACAGCGUUAUUGUCGAGAAUAAUUUCGCGAGCGAUUUUCUGUACGGUGUACGGUGCGAUAAUAGCAUAACGAAUUAUUAUAGCGUUUUUUAGCGAGAGCACUAAUGCGAUUUUAGCGAGGCGUUGUUUCUUUCUAGAUUGAUUAGAGAUAAUUUUUAUUCGUAUAGCGCGAUGAGAGAUGUGACCUCUGUUUUUAUUAAAAUAAGUUACAAAGUUAAAAAUUGUAUUUACUAUUAUAUAUAAUUAUACGAUACACACAUGCGCGCUGUACGCAGAGGAAGAAACAGAUUUUAUUUACCAAAUACCAGUUUUUUAAUAAAAAUCUUUUUGUGAAAGAAAAAUAUCGGACUCAUUACUUUACGAGAGGUUGCCAUCAUAUCUCUUCACCGUACAAAUCAUAUCCGAUGAGCUUGUAACAAAUUUACGAUAGCAUGUGUAUACAUAUAUAUAAAUAAUUAAAACGGAGAACGAACUGUUUCAAAUGGACCGUUAUACAAAUCGAUGAUCCGUAACAUAAAAAGAUAACACAAUCGCAAAUAAUCGCAUUCGAUACGAUAGCUCGUCCUUCAUAGUUUCAUGAUAAUUUGACUUGACACAACUUGGCAAAGAAGCAUGACGUUUAAUUUCUUGAUUACCUCCAUGUAAUCGAGACGCUCCACUUUCGCGAUGAACUGCAAGAGCUUUUAUGCAAGAUGAGAAAUCGAUUAUACUAUUAUAUCUGCAGCUUCGUCUUGCUCGUGAUAUUACAACCGAUUUCUCACGCGAAGCUCGUCGACGAUACUCGCAGGUAUUGACAGUACGUGAUUUUUCUUCUUAAACCAUUCCUGCAGUAUCCGUCUAUUCUCGCGCGAUCGCUUAUGGGUUCGACGAUUUUUUCCGCUUGUUUCUAUCAUCCUCUUCGCAGAUGAAAUAUUCGAUAGAUUUUACGUCGCUUAGGAGAUUACACCUUUCCAGAACGAAACGAGAGGUAUCCCUUGCUGAAGUGUCACAAUCGCGAGGAAACGCCAACUACGAGAGAGAGGUAAACUUGGAGCGCGAGGAAAGGAGUAAUGGUGAUCUUGAAAAGGACGAUACGUAUCACCGAGAGAAACGUAAGAUCUCGAAGAGAUCCGCAAAUCCCGAUGUUCAACAAUCAAACGCCGAAAAAUCUAUCGAUCCUAUAACCAAUCAGCUCAGUUUGAACGGAGAAUCGGAUUAUGCGGAGGAAGAGGCGGGCGAAGAGAUGGCGAAACAAGAAAGCGAUAAAGACGUAAAGACGAGCGAUCUCAAGCGUUUACUCCGUGACGUCAAUGUCGAGAAAUAUACCGAUCAAGACGAGAGAUCAAGUCUGUACGACGACUACGAGACGAAGGACGUCGCGAAGCGUGGUAUCCUGGAUGGUCCAGGGGAUUAUGAGGAAGUGGAGGACGAUUCACCUGGGAUAUUGGAUGAUACGGUCGCGUUGGAGGAACGAGACCAAGGAGAGAGGAGAGAAACACGAGAGAAUGAAUCUCGGGUGAAGAGAGAUCAAGCGCUUUCGGAAACGUUUGAUAAAUCCGAAACGAGCAAUCCAACGAAGUUGGAAGAGCCGAAGAUCGCGGAGAAUCCUUUGACGGGCAAAAUUUCUCUCGCUGAAUCGUCGAAAAACUUUAAUCGACGAGCAUCGGCGUCCGGUGACUUAGCAUCCGAGAUCAAAGAAUCCGGAUUGAACGAGGUGAUUCCAAGGUCGAGCGGUUCUACCGAGAACAAGGAAUCAACGAGUGUAAUUACUUUGUCCAACGGAGACGAGUCGAGCGCGGAAUACGGGAAGCGCGUGGAGGAGGAGAUUCAACGGAAGAUCGAUUCGAUCAAGGAGGAGAUCAAACGUGACAUCGAGGCGCAGCGGCGAAUAAGGAAUGUCGAGGAAAACAACGCCAGGUUCGAUGAGUUGCGGGAUCAGGAAGAGGAUGAGGAGAGACAGAGCUUUGAGGGUGAACCAAUCGAAAAGCGUCAGAUAAAGAGAUCGAUACGAGAAAUCGCCGCUGCUUCUUUCUCGAAGAGAGACGAUAAGAAACGCUGCUUGAAGGGAGAACGACGUGAUAAGCUGCAACGUCGGUCCAGCGAGAUCAGCAGACCGGAUACUUUGAAAGAAAGCGAAAAUCUGAAGAAACGAUUCGCGAUUAACCGUGAUAAAUCCUCCGGAGGACAAGCUCCUUCGAAAGGACUUUUAAAAAAGAAACGCGAGCGCGUCAGGCAAACUUUUUUGGUAAACAAUGAUCGGACAAAGAGAAGACGUUCGAGAAGUUACGCAUCGCCAUCUGAUCGGACGGCCGCCAGACCGGAAAAUGAAUUAUUCACGGAUUUCAAUUCUUAUCACCAUGCGGACGAUGGAAUGCUACAAGCAUCUUCGUCCAUCGCCGGCGAAGAUGAGAGCAAUGACGGAGAACAGAGUCCUACAGUAGAACAUUCAAAUUCCUUGGCGUCUCUCACUGGGAGUUCGCAGGAAUUGAGUCCGCGUUUAGCAAGAGAGUACAAAGAGGCCUUCGGUGGAUUGCAGAGUGAGCCUGGCGGUGCUCUCGCUAGAUUUAAAAGGAUCAAACGCGUACUCGGUGGUCCUGAUACGAAAAAUUAAAUUUUAUCUCUCAUAGAGAAUAAAAUGGAACAAACCACUCUCUCUCUUUGGGGUGAGAAUAUUUCCAUGAAUUGAAAUUAUCACGAAAGAUACAACGUAAUUUUCCGAACUUCUAUCGUCGCGCAGUAACGAAGGACUAAGUAGGAAUAUAAGACAUAUAUAGACCUUUUUUACGAAACGAAAUAUUUAUAGAUCUUUACGAGAGAGCAGAAUGAUGCAUUUGUAAUUAGAGAAAGGCUAUAGCUUAUAAUAUAGGGUAUAAUGCCAUUAAUCACGAGACACUCGGAGAGAUUGCGAGUCGGUUUAAUUAAGUAGCCUAAAUGAACGAGAUAUAUAUAUAUAUAUAAAUCCUUGACAAAAGUGGAUAACUAUGUUAUCUACCGCUCUAAAUUACUUAUAAAUUUUAUUUCUUUACGCCGGCCGUGUGUGUAACACGUCAAAAGAUAUAAAACGAGUUUUGAAUUGCUUCUCUCUUCGGACGCUUCUCUUAUACAAUCUUAAAAUAUAUUACAAGCUAUUUAAAAAACAUCUCGCAAAGUAAACUGCACAAUCUCGCUAACAUUGCUUGCGCGCGCGAUUGCAUACGCUUUGCGUACGCGCGCGCGUGUCGUUCCUCCAGUAAUUCAUUUAACUUUAUUUCGAUAAAUUUUAAUUUAUUAACAGACAAUAAAAUUCAAAUCAAUCAAUCGAUCAUUUCCUUAACUUCCGCGCGCACACAAUAGUAUAUGCUAGAGAAACAUUAUGUACAACAGUGACUCAUCGAUCGUCGGAAGGCGUUCACUUAUCAAUUAUCACCAUAGACCAAUUCGAGAACCUGAAGAACGCGAUACUUUAGAAACGCAGCGCAUAUAAGUCGAUUGACUAAGUAAGUAUAAUGAAAAUUGCGCCAACAAAGAGAAGAUAUUAAUAUUUCAGUGUUGGAAUAACCGAACGAUUUAUUUUGCAUGUGUGACUUUGGGAUAGAAAGGCAAGAAUUUAUCAUAAACGUUCGAUACAUUCUAUGAAUAUUUGUCUCUCUCUCCGCUUUGUCGUAUAAUUAUAUCGAUUGUCAUAAUUCUAAGAUAUGAAUGCAUAACAUAAUGCAAGAAACGGAGCAAUAAUAUCCAUCUUUUUAUUUCGUAAAAAAAGUGCGCAUAUAUAAGCGAAUAAUCGUCGCGUUCUCCGGGUUACCUCUUAUUGUUAGCGCCAAUCGAGAUAAAGAGAGAGAGAGAGAGAGAGGUAUCUAGGCAAAAGACACAGACGCUUCGUAGACGUUCAAGAUUUAAUUAAUAAACGUUAUUACGAUUAAACACGAAGAAGACACAUAAAUCGUUAAUCGUCUUUGUUUUUUUUCUUGUUGUGCGCUUACAUAUUAUGGACGCCGGAAACAGGGAUGUGAUGCACGCCAAGUGAUGCCCGCACGCCCGUAAUAUCCCCGAAUCAUACGCAAUUCGCCUCUCUCCCGUUCCGUAUAAUCGUUCUACUUUACAACAAUAUAAAACAGUUAUUUACAUCGACGGCUAGGAGGAUUCGAAAACGAUGAGAAUGUCGAGGGAAAACUUAGACGUCUAAAGAUUUUCCUCGUCUAAAUGAGUGUGCGUGUGACAUGUACGUGUGAAAAUGAGCGUGUACGUCUCUUUCGAGUGGUCUUUUCGCGAGGCAUCGUUGCGAACUGAAAGGAAGAUAUAUCCAAAUGACGUGGAAAUCGAAACGAGAUGAUUCUCGCGAGAAUGUCUACAUCUUUCCGAAUGAAAUCAAUGUGUCGUCAAAUGUAUAUCGUUUGAUCACACUUGAUUAAUCGACUUAUAUUUAACAUCGUGACUUUAUAGAGACGAUAUUUUUUUCGAGAGCGCGAACUGACUUUCGUGACGCGCUAAAGGGCACCGCGUUUGAUUGACCGUUAAUUAAUUAGAUCGCCGUGAAUAUCGGUCUUAUGACAAAAGGCUCGGGUCGGUGAAACGCUCAGGCACCGAUCGAUUUUGAGAAAACCUCUUUUUUUUUUUUUUACUCGUCAAACUUGUCCGUUGUUAUCGAACAUUGAAAAUUAAUCGAGAAAUGACGGUCGAGAUCGAAUAUAUCCGCGGAACAAAAUCAACUCUAAUCAACAUGCACGAACCUUGAUAUUUGCGAAAACCGGUCUCGAAACAUUGCUACAUCAUAUGCGCCGAAUCAAUGUGUGUAUGGAGAGAUUCCGAGAGAUAUAUUUUUAUCGGCGCACAUGAACACCGGGAUCGCAUAAAUAUCCUUGCGAAUGAAACGCGAUUGCGAGAUGCGACAUAGGUGUUACGCAUAACCGGCACGAGCUACGGCAAAUAACGUGACGGAUUGGCUUGGUAUUUAGUGUGUGUCGAAAGAGCUCUUUUCUUUUUUAUUUAAAAAAAUCGAUGUCUGAGAAAUGGUGUUCACAAUAAUAUAGUACAACAACGUAACGGUAUUACAUAUAGGUAAUAUAUAUAUAUAAAUUUUAUAUUUAUAUAAUAAUAGGUAAAAUUCUUCUUUACCACAAUAUAACAUGGCUAUAUACAAAUAUUACAAAUUUCUUUCAUUUAAGCCCUCGACGCUGCAGGAUCGAUCUGGCGCGAGACUAGGCAGCGACGCUUUUCCAAAUUCGCUGCUUAUUUUAUCUUUUUUAAUUGCACGUUACAACAGGCUUGCGAUUUUAUUAAUCUUAAGCCAAUCUCUCCUCCCCUCAAUGCGAUUAAACAGAGAGAGAGAGAGAGAGAGAGAUGAGGGGGGAGAGAGAGAGAGUGUGAGAGAGGGAGAGAGAACAGUUUUGUCUUUAGGAUUUGUAUAGAAAAAGAAUGGAUGAUAUAAGAGAAAAGGGACGAAACGGAAAAAAUUAUUGAAAAACUUAAAGUGUGAAAUUUUGAGGGAUGCAGGAGGGGAAACAGAAAGAAAGGAGAGACGUUAGAUCCUAUUUCAGCUUCGUAUAGCACGAAGUGAAAAUAUGAAUUUACACGUUUAUGCAGAGGAUACUUUGGUCGUGCUACGUUCUAUCAUAGUUUCAUCGAUCUUUUUGAUUAGAUUAAAAAAUGCGAGUCGACAAAGACCUCUUCUCACUUUCUACUCUUGAAAAAAGAUUCGCCUUUGAAAGAUUGAUUUGUCAACAUACACACAGUUCAAAUUGUAAAAUGUGUUAAAUAUAUAAAACAUAAAGUCAAUUGCGGGAUUAUACAUUCGCGUUCCGCCUUCGAAUUUCAAUGCGUCAAAAGAUGACUUGUAUCGAUCCGUAUCACGCAGAUGCUAAAGUUAUUUUAAUUGCCAUUUACGAAAAAUUAAUCUUUUUUUUUUUUAUACGUAACGUGCAUCCCCAGGGAUCGUAUAUCUUCUCGAAUUACGAGUAAUUUGAGAUAAAAAAGUUUUUCCUUGUGGCAAAUCAAAUUUUAUUGUAAACCAGACAUUUUCUCUCCGACAUUUGAUACCAAAUAUUUGCUAAGAAAACAAAAUCAGAAUUUAUCAGGGGAUCUAUAAGCGAGAGAAGAUACGCGAUGCUUUCUGAGAGCACUGUGUCUUCGCGCAGCGAUUAGAGAAAGAGAGAGAGAGAGAGAGAGAGAGAGAGAGAGAGAUCAUAAUGUAAAAACAUGUAUAACUCGCUACAAUCUUUGAAAGGCCGAUAACUCCAUAUAACUAUUACAGUUACAUUCUCACUCAUUAAGAUUAAUGCGAGCUAAAAUGAGUGCUAUCGGAUUACUUAUCUCAUUUCACAAUCUCUAAAAUGAUCUGAUGAAAUACGCAAGUUUAACGUACAUAAUAUGUUUGCGCGAUUAGAAAAGCAGUUGUUUUGCCAAUCUUUAAUUCCGAUAAAAAAAAUAGUACUUAUUUAAGUAAGCGGGUCAAACUAGCUGCGAAAUCACACGCAAAUAUUGCAAAACUAUUUAUCUUCGUGUUCCUUUUUCUUAAUAUCGGAUUAAUACAUCCAAAUAAUUUUUAUUUUACUUUUUUUCUCACACAUUUGAUUACAUUUUCACUGAGUAAGUUCUUCUGAAUUUUAAUUAUAGUUGGAAUAAAGUCAACUUAUUUAACGACUUUGAUCGUUUAUAACUUUUGAUAAAAGUUAUAAUGUUUUUAAACCGAACAAUCAAGUCAUAAUUAAUUUAUUUCUAAUCAAAUUAAAAAAAUAACAGUUGUACUAGUGGUUUCCACGAAAAAGAUGUAUGAAAGUUGUAAAAAAAAAUAAUUUUUUAAAUUCAUACAAUAAAAUCUUUAAUAUAACAAAAAAUGUGUGCAGAGAAAAUUAUCUACUUAAAAAAAAAAAAAAAAAGUUUUGAUAUAUUUUAAUUAUUUUCAAGUGCAUUCGCCUUCUUAAUUGAAGACUUCGCGUGACACUAAAUUCGUUUAAUUGAUAGCGCAACGAUUAACGCGGUAUCUCACGUGAUUCUUUUUCCGUUAUGUUUACCGUUGCACACUUUAUCCUUUGCGUCUUGAAAGCUUCGAAUAUCGAAAAACAGCAAUGUUCCGCGCCAGAUACAUGUUAGAUACAAGAUAAUAAUAAACUUGUCUUCUCCUUUUCCGAAGAUGUUCCACAAAUUAAGAUUCUGCGCUUUUCUUUUUUGUUUCCUUUCGUUUUGAUACGAUGACAAUGACAAAUUGACGUGAACGAUCUUGGUUAACAUUUAACUUGGUUUAAACCUUACGUUAAACGACCGACGAUCAUAUACAUACGUUUAUAUUGCACGAUUAUGAGUCAAUAGAGCACGAUCUUAAAAUCUAUGACGAAUAUCUACGCGCUUUUGGCACCUCUUGCGUUUGCUUAUACGCGGACGAAACUUUGCGAGUAAGAGAGAGAAAGAGAGAGAGAGAGAGAGAGAGUGAAUUUCAUCUACUACGAUAAAACUUUUGGAUAUAUCGAUAAUUUAAAAACUCUCUGGUGGUCACAUUAAUCACAUUUUAAAUAUGUAAAGAUUAUCAUUAAGUUAGUUUCUUCUCCGUCAAGAGAGGUAACGCUCUCCGCGAGAUUUUUCGUUUUGCGUAAAAAAGCUCUCGUAGCCACGAAGUGAGCGCUAACCGAUAGCGAGAAUGUGUGAGAAAAGAGGGAUUCUCUCUCCGUUACACUUCGCUACUUACCAGAACUUUUUUAGCACCGAAAGAAAAUUCCGGGCACAUUUAUCAUUCAUUGUAGACGGAAGAUGAUCUAUAUUUAUAAGAUAUGAAUGUGUGUGUACGUGUGUUAUUUAGCGAUAGCAAAUUUACCUAUUUCUCAUUUUACGUCCGUUCAAAUUUCAAUCUAUUUUUAAUGUAGGAUGAAAUAGAAGAUGUGUAUAUAGAAGUAUGCACUCGAUUGGCCACCACAGGCUACGCUACUUCUGCAGAUUUUCGCAGCCAAAUUCCGCAAUGCUAAUCGCCUACAUUGUGUCUUUAUCUAGAACGAAGAACUUUGAAUGUUAUCGAGAAAGGUAUGAUACGCUAAUCACAACAUGCAUAGACGUAAGGGUCGUCUUCUUGAUUUUAUCGUCGUUAUCUUAAUCUCGCGUUCGAUUAAUUAUCGAACACGCGCGUAUAAAGUAUAGUAUAUUACUUUCAAAAAACAAUUGACAAAAUCGCCGAGGGUACACGCAUUAUGACAUUUCUCUUCCUACUCGUUAUUAUCACUGCAUUUACUCGCAGCAAAUAUAUUAAUAAUCAAAAUGAUAGUUAUAAGUAAUCUUCAGAAAAUGACAAAUAUAGAAAUGAUUAUCAAUAACAGGAUUGCACACCUAGAGAAACGUAUGGGAUAAACCUGUUUCUGAAACUCUUACGUAAUUUCCUCAUUGAGAUUGCCUUUGAAUUUCUUCGACUUAUUGUUAGCCAGCUUCAAUAUCACAGAUUUGAUAUUUGUAAUUUUCGAUGGAGAAAAAAUUGAGUCUAAAAAUUUGCUACAAUAAUACACAAUCCUGUAUUAUCUAAUCUAAACUAACUCACUAUUGUAUCGCGAACACGAUAUUAAGGGAGAAAGAGGAGAAGUAAAAGGGAAAGAAUUCCCUACAGCUAGACUAUGCACUGUUAACGUAAAUGUUUAUGAUCAUAAGCUGCUACUCGUAAGGAUAUAAUAAGGAAAAGGAAAGAAAAAUCUAGAUUACUGCUGGCGUGUACCGCCGAUAGGCAUCUCCCUCCUCUCUCACUUCUAUGUCUUUAUGCGUUUUUUUUUUUUAGUACGUUCCUUCGUCGAGGAACGUAAUUGAUCGUAAUAUUCUCUAAACUUUAAAUUGGCCUAAACGGUAGAUUACUUCACUAUAUAAUUGCAUUAUGAUAAAAGCAUGUAUAAAUCAGUAAACAUUUUCUUUUGUGCUUCUUAGAGAUCAUACAUGAUACAAUAUACAAAGUAGUGUAAAAUAAAAAAAAGGGUUAAUAAAGAUUUUUAUAUAUUAC